ACCAAAGAACGACCCCACCCCUGCCAUGAAUGCGGCAAAUGCUUCACCCGCCGCGAACAUCUCCGCCGCCACGCAAUCAUCCACCUCGGCCAGAAACCCUUCGCCUGCACAGUCCGGGGCUGCACCCGAGCCUUCUACCGCUCCGAUCAACUCCUCCGCCACUCCCGCACCCAC